GUCAAAAGUGGUUGUAAUUAUCGUUGUAAUUGGUCUGAUUUAUUGUAAAAUAGUAUAUCAAGAGAGAUGAUUACAACAGUUUAUAAAAAAACACCAAACAUAUUCUAACUCAGCAUUGAUCAUAACGUGAACUACAAAGUCUAUCAACUUCGUAGACGACAAUUCAUACGACCAGUAUAUACGAUUAAAAACCAAAAACGACAAGAUACAAAGAGUUAAUCAAAUGUUGGUUUCGAGAAAUGUACAUAAGAACCUUAGGGUAAAAAACAAGGUUUCCGGGGAUUAAAGUAAUUACGUCACUCCACUUGUGUAACUUUGAAGACACUAAAUUGUUUAAUAACACCACCACAAUUUCUGCAUUUCUCACCUUCCCAACAGUUAGUCCCUAACUUUAUGAUUUGUUUUUGUUUCAAACGGACACGGCGGGUAAAAUAUAAAUCACCUGUAAUCCUCCUCACACUAAGCAAAACAACUACACCCAACGAAACAAAGACACGUGUACAAAAGACCGGUCAAAGCCGCCACGUAGGUAAUCUUCACGAAGCUUGCUCGUUUUUUUUAAAUCCAAAAGAGGUUUCUUCUCCGUAUAAGUAGGAGAGGAAGCAUCCACGAUGAUCGCUAGACCAAAACUGAUACAAAAUAUCCAAAAAAAAAAACAAAACAGAGAGAGAAAGAGAGAUAACUGGACGGUGGUUAAUUCGCCGGAAGUCUCGCCGGAGCUCAAUUUCUUGAACAACCAUGCAGAAACGGAGACCGGUGAGGGAGUCUUCGAAGACAACACCGGAGAGAAAUGGGAAGGCUUUGGAUUCCGGCGAGAAGAAGAAGAGAUCUGAGAGGAGGUUGAUGAAGUUCGAGGAGUUGCCAAGGUAUCUUAAGGACAACGAGUACAUACACAAUCAUUACCGAUGUGAAUGGUCUCUCAAGGAGACUUUCCUCAGCGCUUUCUCUUGGCACAAUGAGACUCUCAACAUCUGGACGCACUUGGGUGGGUUUCUGAUAUUCGGGUGGAUGAUGGUGGUGAGUUGCAUGGAAUCGACGGAGGUUGGCCUCGCCGGGUUUGUCAACGUCUUCUCCGGAGUAACAAUUCGCUGGCCGUGGCCGUCAAUGGCUAAAGCUGUUUACUUCUCCAGCGAUCAUCACGACUCGAACGUGACACACACAACCUCGUUCUUGAACUCACAAGGAGACGUUAACUACGAAACAAUCCCAAAAUGGCCAUGGCUAGUGUUCUUAACCGGAGCAAUGACCUGCUUGAUAUGCAGCUCCAUGUCACACCUCUUCGCCUGCCACUCCAGACGCUUCAACCUCUUCUUCUGGCGCCUAGACUACGCAGGGAUCUCCCUCAUGAUCGUCUGCUCCUUCUUCGCACCAAUCUACUACGCCUUCUCCUGCCACACUUACUGGCGUCUCUUCUACCUCUCUUCAAUCUCAAUCCUCGGCCUCCUCGCCAUCUUCGCUCUCCUCUCUCCAGCGCUCUCAGCUCCGCGUUUCAGAUCUUUCAGGGCAGCUCUUUUCCUAACGAUGGGAUUCUCGGGAGUAAUACCCGCUUCGCACGUGCUCUACCUUCAUAAGGAUCACCCUAACGUGGUUAUCGCUCUUGGUUACGAGCUAGCGAUGGCUGUGUUGUAUGCGACGGGAGCAGGGUUUUACGUGAGCCGUAUACCUGAGAGAUGGAAGCCUGGUGCUUUCGAUAAAGCAGGACAUAGCCAUCAGAUAUUCCAUGUGUUUGUAGUGUUAGGAGCUCUUGCUCAUAGUGUUGCCUCUCUUCUUAUCAUGGAUUUUCGACGUGCUUCACCUUCUUGUGCCUUUUGAAGCAAGUAACAAAAACUGUAAAACGUUUAGUGGUAUUUCAUUCAAACGUAUCACAAUGUAUGUGUUUACACAGAAGAUACGCAUUGGCAAUGAACUACACAACCCAAAAUAUUUUAAAUUAAUUAAUGUUUUAAA